AUGCGCCCAAGCCAGAUCACAAGGUCUCUGUUGGCCGAAGAGGACGAGUUCGGUGUGCUGGACGCCCUCCAAGCCGACCUUGCUACCAUCGAUGACGCGGGUCUGGCCAAGGUGACCGAUACAUAUCAGGAAAUAACGCGACCUUUAAGGACGAUCGUUAAGCCUAAUAAGGAUGCGUUCUGGGACGAGGACGAACCGGACAACGACCUCAUCACCAAUGAUGACAAUGACGAGUUCAGAGAGAACGACAUGACCGACAUUGCGCAUGCCAAGUUGGAGGAGCACCGCGAACAGAGAGCAUAUGCACGCAUAGCCAUCUGGGAGAUGCCCCUGUUAGCAAAGUUUGCGAAGCCUUUCGAGCCCCCGACGAUGAAUGAACCCCUUCGAUUCCGGUACACAUCCUAUAUGGGCGAAUAUCAUCCAGCCGAGAAGAAGGUGGUCGUCGAGUUCAGCCCCGCGGAUUUCGGUCUCACCGACAUCCAGCAAGAAAAGAUGAAAAAGCUCGCCGGCCCGCGGUACAAUCCAGAGAAGCAGACUAUCAAGAUGAGCUGCGAGUCGUUUGAGCACCAGGCUCAGAACAAGCGCUAUCUGGCUGAGACGGUGGAGAAGCUGGUCGCGGAUGCAAAGGACCCCACGGAUGAUUUCGCAGAUGUUCCCUUGGACUUGAGACACCACAAGAUCAAGGCCAAGCCCAAGUUUCCCAAGGAGUGGCGCAUGUCAGAAGAACGGAUGCAGCAGAUCGUUGCAUACCGCGAGGAGGCGAGGCGGCUGGAGGAGGUAAAGAAGGCUACUGGGAUGUUCAUUGACGGCGUUCAGAUCAUCAACAAAGAACUCGCAAGCCGGACGAAAACAAGCCAGGCAGUCCCCGAGUUAAUAGCGGUUCGGCCGAAACGCCAGCCUCGGAGCAGGGCUUGA